UCGACAUUAAUCAAGCAUGGCGACCUCCAUAUGCAGUUUUCUACCGACCAAGACUUUGUAAUGAAACAUUAGUGUUUUCUGCUUCAAAAUCCCCUUGUUUUCGUGCUAUCGGCGUAGAUAUAUCGACACCAGGUACUACGGAGAUUUUGAAAUGGCGAAAUAUUUGGCGCAAGUCAUUGUUGUCGGAGCCCAGGUCGUUGCAAGAGCGUUUGCUCGUGCCUUGCAGCAGGAGUACGCCGCGAGCCAAGCUGCAGCGAAACAAGCUAGCGCUGGGAGAGGCGACACUACGCAGAGGGCGGCCGCUAGUGUCAAGCUGGGCAUGAGUGUGCAGGAGGCAAUGCAGAUUUUGAACAUUGACAAAAUUGAUCCCGAGCUGGUGGAAAAGAACUACAAGCACUUAUUUGAAGUGAAUGACAAGUCGAAAGGUGGCUCAUUUUACAUUCAAUCAAAAGUGUACAGAGCAAAAGAACGCCUUGAUGAAGAGAUGAAGCAUCAGCAGGAACAAGAAAGGAAAAAGAAGCAGCGACAACAAGCUGAAAACACAUGAGAAUGACACUCAUCAUAGUAGCAUUGUACAGAACACAAUAUUCACGCAUAUAUUUGCCUGGCAGGAAAGUAAAUGACGUAGUAGUA